AUGAUCAUUCUCGAGUGAGAUUGCAGCCCAUUGAAGGAGAAACAAGUUCUGAUUACAUCAAUGGAAAUUAUAUUGAUGGUUAUCAUAGACCAAAUCACUACAUUGCUACACAAGGACCAAUGCAGGAGACAAUAUAUGACUUUUGGAGAAUGGUAUGGCAUGAAAACACAGCCAGCAUAAUCAUGGUUACUAAUCUCGUAGAAGUGGGAAGGGUCAAAUGCUGCAAAUACUGGCCAGAUGACACAGAGAUAUAUAAAGACAUUAAAGUUACCCUAAUAGAAACAGAGCUCCUGGCUGAAUAUGUGAUUCGAACAUUUGCAGUAGAAAAGAGAGGUGCUCAUGAGAUUCGAGAAAUUCGGCAGUUUCACUUCACUGGCUGGCCAGACCACGGUGUACCGUACCAUGCAACAGGCCUGCUGGGAUUUGUACGACAGGUCAAAUCCAAGAGCCCACCAAAUGCUGGACCUCUGGUUGUUCACUGCAGUGCUGGUGCUGGCAGAACUGGGUGCUUCAUUGUUAUUGACAUCAUGCUAGAUAUGGCAGAAAGAGAAGGCGUUGUAGACAUAUACAAUUGCGUGAGAGAGCUUCGAUCUCGGAGAGUUAACAUGGUGCAGACUGAGGAACAGUAUGUAUUCAUCCAUGAUGCUAUCCUGGAAGCCUGUCUUUGUGGGGACACAUCUAUUCCAGCUUCUCAAGUUAGGUCUGUUUACUAUGAAAUGAAUAAACUGGAUCCUCAGACUAACUCCAGCCAGAUCAAAGAGGAAUUUAGGACUUUAAAUAUGGUGACUCCGACACUGCGUGUAGAAGACUGCAGCAUAGCACUUUUACCACGAAAUCAUGAAAAGAAUCGCUGUAUGGAUGUUCUGCCUCCAGACAGAUGCCUGCCUUUCCUCAUAACGAUAGAUGGAGAGAGCAGUAACUACAUUAAUGCUGCACUGAUGGAUAGCUACAAGCAACCAUCAGCUUUUAUAGUUACGCAGCAUCCCUUACCAAAUACUGUCAAAGAUUUCUGGAGACUGGUCCUAGAUUAUCACUGCACUUCAAUAGUUAUGCUGAACGAUGUUGAUCCAGCACAACUGUGUCCUCAGUACUGGCCAGAAAAUGGAGUACACCGACACGGUCCUAUUCAGGUGGAGUUUGUAUCAGCUGAUUUAGAAGAAGACAUAAUCAGCCGGAUAUUCCGAAUUUAUAAUGCAGCCAGACCCCAAGAUGGCUAUCGGAUGGUGCAGCAGUUCCAGUUCCUGGGAUGGCCCAUGUACAGAGACACUCCCGUUUCUAGACGCUCCUUCUUGAAGCUCAUCCGCCAAGUGGAGAAGUGGCAGGAAGAGUAUAACGGGGGAGAGGGACGCACAGUUGUACAUUGUUUGAAUGGAGGUGGCCGCAGUGGGACAUUUUGUGCAAUCAGUAUUGUUUGUGAAAUGCUUCGACAUCAGAGGGCUGUUGACGUAUUCCAUGCUGUGAAGACACUGAGGAAUAAUAAGCCUAACAUGGUGGACCUUCUGGAUCAAUACAAAUUCUGCUAUGAAGUGGCUUUGGAAUACUUGAAUUCUGGCUGAUUGCAUAAACAGCACAGACAAAGUUCCUCCUUUUACCACCACAAACAAAGCAAGUCGCUUCAUGAUAUCUGUGUAAACGAGAUGAAGACUUCUCAGUGUUAUGCUUAUACUGCUUUGUAUAAUUGGCUCUUUUUAAGAGCCCAAAAAGAUGUUUCUAAAACUGCUUGCACUGCCCGUUUUCCACUAUAAUGCCGCUGCUUGACACCCAUAUGAACAUACACCAAACCACAUGGCAGUUGUUGAACACUGUAUUCAUACAUAGCCAUUGAUGUGGUGAAGCAGCAUAGUACUCUGGUAAAUAAGAGAGCACAAUUAUAUUCUUAUGAAGGAAUUUGUACUUUUCUGUUAUAUUUCGUUGCCUGUGAUUCUCAGUUACUGUCACAGCCUAGUGUACAUUUCUGUUCUGUGGAGAAUGCUGUCUGGCAUUUUGAUAAUAUAUGAUUUUAGUUAUAUUUGUAUUCUAACACGUGCAUAAUAAAUGAAUCAUAUGUAGCCUAUCUGAACUAAUGGAAAGACAUGUACCAAAUCAUGUUAACUUUGUUGAGUUGUAAUUUCUAUCCGCUUUGUACCAUUUCAGAGAGAGAAUCUUGAUAGAAAUACAGUUAGAAAAUGCAAAAUACAGGAUGCUCAGAUUAAUAUAUCCAAAGCUUUUUCAUUUGUUUAUAUUGUAAAUAUUUUUUUGAUUUCAUCAAAUUAUUUAUUCAUUAAAAUGAAUUUUUUUGUGAAGCACAGUGAGUGACAAUCAUUUUUAUUAAGCCCUGGAAAUGCUUACUGUAUGAUAGUGUAAACAUUUGUUUACCUUGUAUGGAUUCUCAGCUCAAUAAAUAAUUACAU